UACUUUUCAGGGAAAGCAAGGCAUGGGUAAACUACACAAGGGCCUCAAUGAAUUUCAUGGAUGUGCUUCAUCCAUUCCUCCAAAGUAUCAGACAGUCAUCAUCAGUAAUGAAGAGAAGAAAGGCUUUUCCUCACAGUCCAGGAGGUUUGAAGAAUACCUGAAUGAGAGUCCGGGUCCUGGUUCAUAUCUCUCACAUUCGCCUGCAGAAGGCUGCAGUCCUUCAUUCUCUAAGAGAGGAACGGGCAGCUUUGCUUCAAAAGGUGGUCGUGUGCCCAGGAGCUUUCAGAGAUUAAGCCCAGGACCCGACGCUUAUAACCUCCAGAUGUCUCUGCUUCACAAGCAUGAUUUUAACAGAGGAGAAUCCAGAAUCUUCCGUCUGCCUUACGCACUGAAGAAGGAAAAGCCAAACGAUGAAAAUCCAGCACCAAAUCAAUAUGACGUGUCUUUUAGAGCUGUGGACAAAAAUUCUACCAUUUCUGGUAAAAGUGCUUUUCGCUCCAAAACCAAACGGAGUGCCUUUGUCCUGGACAAGUUUAAAGGACCCUCUCCUUGCCACUAUAAAGUGAGUGAUGUUUUGGUCCAGAAGUCUCCUCAAGUUCUUGUCUCCUGUUUUAAAUCCAAAACUGCCCGAAUCCAGUCUCCAGUCAGAAACAAUAUCCCCGGUCCUGGUUCUUACAACCCUCAUCACCCUCCAGAGGCCAUGAAGAGAACCGUUCUCCCAAGGAGGUACUAUUUGGGAUUAUCUGCACCACCUUUGAUACCAGAAAAAGUCCCUCCUUUCCCCGGACCGGGACACUAUGACAUAGUGAACUACAAUCGUCCCGUCAAACACAUGGUGUCCAGCGCCGCCUUCCUAUCUGGAACAAACAGGCACAUGCAGGAAGUCAAAGGACAGGAUAUACCCGGUCCAGGUUUCUAUGAACCCACAGUCCUUUCCAAGACAUCGUUCUUGUAUAAUCCUGCAAAACUGUGGAUUCCAGCUUAAACAAACGUCAUUAC